GCUGCUUGGAGGUAAGAUGCUCCAGAAAAACAUCAUGUAGAUGUCCCUUUUUGAGCAGUUUGUGCUAAGAGGAAGGGGCAGAAAAGGUAUCAUAAGGUUGGCAGUCUUCCAAACUUGAAGUUUUACAAGGAUUAAGAAAGGAGUCAGAUGGGCAAGACUUCACAGAGGAAGCAAUGCGACUAUGAGAACCUAUCAAAGCCAAAGCCUUGUUUAAACACCUCAAUCCCCUUGAGAAUGUCUAGUUAUACAUUCAAGAGGCCAGUCACUAGAAUCACAUCCCAUCCUGGCAAUGAGGUAAGAUAUCAUAAUUGGGAGGAGAGUCUGGACAAGCCCCAACAAGCCUGCUGGCAGAAGAGACUGCAAGGACUCCAGGCCUACAGCAGUGCAGGAGAACUUUUGACCACUUCAGAUCUAGCCAAAGCUUUGCAAGACCUUACACCUAGAGGCACAGAUGCAUCUGUUUCAGAGACUCAAGCCAACAGCAUUGGCUCUAGGCCCAUGACCACCCAUGAGUCAUCUUCACAUUUGGCAGAGAUGAUUCCAGAAACAAGUAUCCCACAGAUCCUUUGCAAUCAAAUUCUCAUCACCGAAGAAGAUAUUAGCAAGCAGGAAAAGAAAGUGAAAAUAGCAAGAGAAAGACUGGCAGUUGCACUGUUUGAACACAGGCUAGCAAAUGAGGCAGAGAAAGUGAGGGGGUCAAGGAGGGCAAACUUAUAAACAGAGAGGGGAAGCUGGGGAGAAGAUACUGCCGAUGAAAUGCAGAAUUGUUUUAACACUUCUUUGCGGUGUCUUUUUUUUUUUGAGACCUUGAAACUUUAAACUUGACAAUCUUUAUUAAAAUUCUUCAUGCAAUGCAAAAAAUAAAUACAAAUGAUAA